AUGGCUGCUGUCCCUCAGUCUAAUCAGUACCAGGCGACUUCGGCCGCUAUAAUCUACAAGGGACAUCACGAGCUCCAGAGGACUCGCUAUGUCUCUGGCAGGGUUAUCGCCUCUGAUGCGGAACUCAAUGCCAUUGUGUGUGCGGUGCGCCUUGCUGUCAAGCAGGCAAACUGCCAACAUAUCAUGGUCUUUACUGACUCUAUGGGCUUGGCCCAUAAAGCGGUGGACCCCUCCAUGCACUCUGGUCAGGCUUUUAGCCUGUCAGUCUGUCACGCUCUCCAAGAGUGGUUCGAGGCGGAUGAUCUCUGCUGCAUCACCUUCUGGGAUAUUCAUGGUGAGGCACACAAGUAUGUGACCCAACUCAAAGUCAGGGUUGGACAUCACAAGACGGACAAUUCAAUAGACGCGCUUUGCUCUCGAGCUGCACACUCAAGUCUGGAUGCAUGGGGCUCCAUGUUCCAAGAUCGUACCUACUGA